UGACCGAUUGUGAAGCCCCUUAUGGAAAAAAAUAUAUUGAUACGCCAAUGGAAAGUAACAGUUACGUAAUAUGCCACUAGAUGGUAGCAUAAAUACAACGGCUUUUGUUUGAAAAGUUGUUGAAAACUAACCUAACUUUAAAUGUAAAUUUCAUUUCCUUUGAAACUUUGUUCUAGUAGUUUAGUGACUUUAAUUAAUAAAAAUGGCAUUAAAAAUACAAAAAGAAUUUGAAAUGCGGAUCCACGAACAGUUUUACACGAAUGUGCAUUUAUUAACAUUUAGUUACCCACCUUCAGAGGCGUUUACUGCAGUGUUUAAGAAGGAUAUGUUUGUAAAAAAUAACAAGGUCGGUUUUCAACAGGUCACAUAUUACCUAUUGGACAUUUUGGAUAAAAACGUUCUAAAACAGAAAAUUCCUACAUGGCCGCUGUAUGAUGUGCGAAGCGAAAAUGAAUUCCGCAAUGAAAUUAUGAAGUACAUGAACGAAUUGAAUGGGAUAUACGAAGAUGCUAAUAUUCCAAUUAUCGCAACUUCUCAUUUAAUAAUGCCAGGUGGUUUAAAGUUCAUUAAGUUCAUGUGUAAACUCUCAAUGUUUGUUUUAUAUCAACAUCUACAGCGUAAUAAUGUUUGCCCUACUAUGUUGUUACCGUUACAACCGAGUAAGAGAGAUGACAUCAUUAGGGAGGACACUGACAAAAUUGUAAGGGUUGCAUCUACAAUUAAUAAGUCUGUAGUUGAUAUAAUGACUGCAUUUAAUGAAAAAUUUGACACUGCCAAAGUAAUCGCACACAAAAUGAUGAGCGAAUUAUGUGCAACUACUGACUUACACGAAGCACAUGAAUCAAAGCUAGCUUUACUAAAGGAAAAAUUAUCAAACAAGAAACGUACUGAAACAGUCACGAUUGGCAUCGACAUUCCAGCUACGCUAAAACGCUUACGUUUACUAAAGGAGAAAGUAGAGAAAGCCAAAAAGUUAAAUUCGUACUUGGAAAGCCCCUUGCAGUUGUCGUAUAAUGGAGAACUGUCGUCGAUCACCGACCUAAUGAGGAAAGUACGCAUAGAAAAUAACAAUUUGAAUCUCACAAGCCUAUUGGACAGUUUUAAUUUUCUAGCCGAGCAGAAAUGUUUGGAAGUGAAACCAACCAGUGAAGACCAUUUGAAAAACGAAAUCGAAAGGUUUCGUGAGUUAAACAAAAAACUUGAAUGUAGUUUACAACGGACUGAUAGUGUUUAUGACAAAUCCAUAAAAAUGUUAAAUGAACUCUAAAAAUGUGAAUAAUAAAUACUCACCAUGUUUUUAA